GGCUGGUUAAUGACUUGAAAACCGCUCGGACCCAUUCUGAUUCGGAAGUGAAUCUUUUUAGUCCCGUGGACAGUUGGCUUGCGUCCCAAUGUGCAUACUAUCAAUCCUAAAUUCUAUGUGAUUAUUAGUCAUUUUCAAUACUAUUUAGGACCGAUAGGGUGGAUAGUAUGCACACUGGGACGCAGGGUUGGACAGUUUCAAAAGAUUCGUUGAAAAGAUUUGACUCACAAGAAUGAUUCGUUCACGAAUCAGAUAACGAUGAAACACGACCAGGAUGUCUGCCGGUAGAAACGGAGCCAUUAAUAGAUGACCGGAAUCUAGACCGAUAUUAAUAAUGGCUGGCUUGCAACCCCAGGAAGAUCCUUUAAAAAUAUCCCACAGAGAAACUUGGAAGAUGCAGCACGAGAGGUUGCAUGUGAAGCACAGAGGUCACGAGGCCAUGCAUGCUGAGAUGGUUCUGAUUCUCAUUGCCACGCUGGUGGUCGCUCAGAUUGUCCUGGUUCAGUGGAAACAAAGACAUUGCAGAUCCUACAAUAUGGUCACACUAUUGCAGAUGUGGGUGGUUCCGCUUUACUUUACCAUUAAGCUUUACUGGUGGCGUUUCCUGUCUACAUGGGGCAUGUUCUCCGUCAUCACCAGCUAUGUCAUAUUCAGAGCCACACGCAAGCCGCUCUCCGGUAGAACGCCACGGAUGGUGUAUAAGUGGUUCCUCCUCAUUUAUAAGCUGAGCUACGCUGUGGGUGUGAUUGGAUAUCUCGCCAUCAUGUUUACCAUGUUUGGAUUCAACGUUUUUUUCAGAAUUAAAGCAGAAGACUCGAUGGAUGUGGGUGUGAUUAUGCUUUUCUACGGUCUGUACUAUGGGGUAAUGGGACGUGACUUUGCUGAAAUCUGCUCAGACUACAUGGCAUCCACAAUAGGGUAUUAUAACAUGGGUGGUAUGCCGUCCCGAAACCUCAGUAAUGAUGUGUGUGCCGUGUGUGGUCAGAAGAUUUUUGUGGAUGUUGAUGAGGAAGGCGUCAUUGAGGACACCUACCAGCUCUCCUGUAACCACAUAUUUCAUGAAUUCUGUAUUCGUGGCUGGUGCAUUGUGGGAAAAAAACAGACGUGUCCAUACUGCAAUGAGAAGGUGGACCUCAAAAGGAUGAUGAAUAACCCCUGGGAGAGAACACAUGUUUUAUAUGGACAACUCCUGGAUUGGUUGAGGUACCUGGUCGCCUGGCAACCCAUCAUAAUUGGAAUCGUGCACGGAAUAAAUUUUUCACUUGGACUUGAAUAAACAGCUACAGUAUUUGACUCCGUUUAAAACUGUGCAUGUGUAACCUUUUGAAUAUUUAUUUGUAAAUUUGACAAAUUGUACACUUUAUAAUAUAAAUCAAACAGCCGCUUUUGCGUUUUAACUUAUUGGAUACUUAGAAACAGACUCAUUCAGACACACACAACUCUUUCAGAAGUGACCUACGCUGAUACAUCAAAGACAAUACAGAAGCCCCUCUAAAGCUGCUGUCUAUCACUCCUAAUCAAAACUGUGCCUCAUUUUGUCUGUCUGUCUGUCUGUCUGUUUAAUAGUUUAGCGUUGUGUAUUUUAUGUUGGUGUGGAUAUUGAGUGGUUAUGUUUUCAUUAGGGUAAAAUGAUGAGGAGUGCUCGCCAAAUCAGUAUUUUUUUUUUGUUUUGUUUUAUGUUGAGCUGGCCAAAUUGUAAAAACCCAGGAAGUGACCCGCUCUGUGGAAAAUAAAACCAUUUUUAUGUGGCUACUGA